UUUAUCUUUUUGAUUAUUAAUACUAUUUAAAUAAAAUGAAUAAAUUAGUAUUUUUUAUUUUAACUAUUUACUUAAUAACUUCUGUAUUUUAUCUUGUGCACGGAGAAUGUUGGGAGACCGGAUGCCAACCAGAUUCUUGGUUAGUCAAAGGCUGUGAGCAAUAUAAUAUGAACGAAGUGAGACGAUCACCAUGUAGUAAAGGUUAUGUAUAUUCUUGUUGUAAAAAUAUAAUCGGUAUAUCGGAUAUGGUACAAUUAAAAAAAAAAGGAGAUAUAACAUAUUAUGAUUUGGGAUUAACUGCAUGUGGUCAAGUAUAUACUAAUAGUGACAUGGUUGCAGCAAUAGCAUUUAGUUAUUUUACCUCACCGAAUCCUAAUAUGGAUCCAAUGUGUGGAAGACAAGUAGAAAUAAUCGAUCCUACAACAUUAAAAUCUAUUAAAGUAACAAUUAGAGAUAAAUGCGAAGGUUGCAAAGUAAAUGAUAUUGAUGUAUCUCCAUCAGCAUUUGAAAAACUUAAACCUAAAAGUGUUGGAAGGUUCCAAAUCAUCUGGGAUUUUAUUUAAUGUUAAUUAAAUGCAGAUAUGGUUAACAAAUAUUUAUAACGGUUGUCAUUUGGGGGAGCAGGGUGUGUGACGACACUUCUAAUGUUUGUAAUCUCUAUUAAUGAUUCUAUGAGUCGUUAUAAUUAACAGAAUAUAAAUAAAAUAUUUAUACAUGUAUUAUAUUAUAUUAUUUAUAUAAAUAUAUAGAUAUACUGAAUUAGGGUAUAGUGGAAAAUGAAUUCAGACCGAAAGAUUGAAAAUUAAAAUGUACAAAUUACUACCCAAUAAAUUUGUUUACUACAACUUAAUUUAAAUUUAAUUGUCAUGUUUAAGAGAUUUCAAAACCACUGGUAGUAUUUUGGAAUUUUAGUUAGUUAUAUAAAUAAAUUAUUAUUUGGUAAAUUGUUUCUUUUGUUCUUCAAUAACUUAGUUGCAUCUUUUUUUCCUUUCGACUUUUCCACCAUAAUUUUCAAGACAACUCUUAUAUUGCUAUUAUUA